AUGGUAGCAGUAUCGACAAGCAAAGAGCCAGAGCUGGCGCCGCUGGGCAACCAGGUGGCAGGCCAUCCGGAUGGCGUACAGAGCUUGGAGGGUGGACGUCUUGUGGUGAAAGACUGCUUGGCACGCGAGCUCGAGUUCUACAAGGGGGUCAAGCUUGCGGCCAGGGGAGAAGCGAGCCUAGACCAUGGACAAGUGGAGCUGCUGUCACGAUUGGACAAAAUGAUGCCAGAAUGUCAUGGAAGCUGGGAGGACUACACUGGAAUCGAAGCGAAAGGAUCGGCCCACACACCUCGAAUUGUGCUGGAGAACCUGACGUUCGGAUACGAGAAGCCCAACGUUUGCGACAUCAAGCUGGGAACGCAGCUGUGGGAUGAAGAUGCGAGCGAGGAGAAGAAGCAAAGGAUGGAAAAGGCGGCUGCCAACACUACGAGCGGAUCGCACGGAAUUCGAUUGACAGGAUGGCAGACGUACGAUGCCGAGACUAGCGCGUAUCACAACAUACCAAAGACGUUUGGCAAAGCGAUCAAGGCGAAAGAUCUGGAAUUGGGGAUGCGAAUGCUUCUAGCGUGCCCCGAAGAAGGCGAUGCUCAAAGAGCCGAAGAGGCUGUGGCAGGGACAAGCAUUCGCCAAGACGCCUCUAGGUAUCGCCUGCCAAGAUUACCGGAGGAGUUGGUGGUGAAGCUGCUGCGCGACCACUUGAUCAAGGAUGUGGAAGAGCUACAUGCGAUUUUCAGCAAGGUCGAGCAUGCUCAAUCUUCAGCUAGCACGUCCACUGCUCAUCCCACUCACUCCUCCUCGCUCAUCGCUCCUCCUCAUCACGUCACCAUUCGAAGGUACAUCGGUCCGCUUCCUGUUCCUGCAUCAGCCGCAAAAGCAAUCGCAAAAGCAAUCGCCGAAGACUGCACCUACAACGACACACGAGACUCGGACGAAUCCAGUUCCGAGUCGCACCAGCUGCAAUCCUCCCGAGUCGACGUCGAGCCUCAGGUCAAGGCUACCGACGACCAGCAACACCCCUCCGAGCAACCAUCCACAAACGAUACUUCCACAUCGCACACUUGGACCGACCCAUUCCGUGUCUCAAGUUCAAAUCAAGACAAGCAGCAUCACUCGGGGCACCCGCCUGCUCUCCUCUCCACCUCUCCCAAGGGCAAACAAUCCCUUCUUCCACCGCCCCGUCCUCGCAUAGUCGACAGAGAUCCUUCCUCUGCCUCAAUCCUCUCCAAUGCUUCCUUUGUCAGCGCACACUCCAUCGCUCGUUCCGCUCUGAGCGACACCGACACUGCUCAACGUGGCCAAACCAUCUUUGAUCAAGCUCAGCCUCAAGCAACUUCUUCUCACUCUCGUUCUGUCAGCCCUUCAAAGAGAAGGUUCGUGCUCGCGCCAAAGAAGAGCAACCAGUCCUUCCCAGUCACCGCCAUCGAAGCCGACUCGCUCAAGCCUCCUACAUCCAUCCUCCGAACCGCUGCCUCCUUCUCCGCUGACUCAGCUCCUUACGCAGUCAAACCCAUUCACACUGCACGCAGCGCAGACAACCUUCGCGUCGCCGCUCUCCGACAACAGCGCAGAAUCGGCCCUGACGGUUCACGCUUCCCCACCUCGCCAACUUCUCCCCAUGACGCGGCAUUCAGUAAAGCUCCUAUACUUGAUCUUCCUUUGAAUCAGAUCGAGGAGGCCUUCCAUGAUUCAGAUCCAUCACGGCAGCAGCCUCAACUCACCCGGAAUGAUGGUGAUCUUCCUCAUCAAGAAGACCAGCAUCACCUUCGUCGCACCGUCAACGCCAGUGGUGACACCACCAUCAUUCGCAGCAGCGCCGACAUCAGCAAUGCCGCCGCUGGUCCCUCCUUGAAACCGAAAGCUUCCUUUUCCAGCAGGUCUGAAGAGGACGCAGCCGUGACGGCUGUACCCAACAAUCAAAGCCUUUUGCAUCCGGCAUGGGAGCAAGCAAGCUCUCCAGCCGUACGUCCGUCUGACGCCGAUGCUCUCGGUGAGCCUCACGCUCCAUCAGGCGACCUAGAUCCGCCCUCCAGCCCGACGAAGCCGUCGCGCAACCUAGUGGGCAGAGGCUUGCCCAUCAAGAAGCGUUCCCUCACCUUCACUGGCGAGCCUGCCGCCAACCACGCCAACCGCGCCUCAUCAGGCAUGCUUACCUCUCGCGCUUUCGCCCAUCCCCGCGACUUUUCGCGCCAGAGUAGAAUGAGCAGAGCAUCUACUGUCGGCACUUUCAACACCGUCGGCACCAUGGCCACAGAAGGCAGCUUUGGCGCCACCGCCGCUACCUCCUCCAGUCUCGCCAGAAAAUUCCUCGCUGGCGGUAGCUUCCGUCGAACUGGCAAAAGGGCCGAGUCUACCCAGACCAAGAACGAUCGCUUCAGUUUGCGACCCACGCGGACAGAGCCGGCACACAAACACCCCGCCUCCGGCUCUCCCACCUCGGUUCGAACACGCAAAACAGCAUCGCCCUUCGCAGUGCGAGCUCGUCGUACAGCUCGCUCCACCAGCUACGCAUCCCUGCGACGAGACGCAUCUCGGCGUGUAUCCGCCAAUCCCACCGAGGCGUCACUGGCAGACUCGGCCUCAGUCACCCGAGCUCACGGCGUGCAACCUGGCGCUGUUGGUACCAGUGGUGGAGGCACCAAAUGGGUUGGUGAAAGCUUUCAGAUUGGCCAGCGCUUCUGGGACAUCCUCGAUGCGCGACGCGAUGAGUUGCAAAAGUCGCAGCCUUGCUCGUGUGAUCAAGCUCAGGCAUCCCUUCAGCCUGGCUUUGAUGUCGAGGCAUCCUCCGACGGCUCCCUCGACUCUCGCGAGAAACAGGUCCAGAAUCAAGCCGCUCAUGUUCAGCAUCUCAAGCAAAGUCCAGACGGCGUCAUCACUCUGCUCGCACAAGAGGCCCAAGACAUUUCCGAUGACAAAACCACAACAGCCUCAUUGCUUGCUCGACAUGCAUCUGCCUCGUCAAAGAUGCCAUCCGACAACCGUCUCAAAGUUUCUCAAAAUGGCCACGCCCUGCAUCCACCCGAUGGCAGUGUCAGCGGCGCCCCGUCUGGCCGCAGGAGCCUCACUCACGACCAGUCGGCUGCUACCAUUCAAACUGUUCAGCCAGACGAGACCACACCUUCGGCCAUCGAAGCGCGCCAAGGCUGGAGCGAGAUUGUCUCCAAGAUGUCGUCCAUCACAGGAGAGCUCAGCAACGGUCGCAAAGCGCGCAAAGCUGAUCGUAAGACCGACAAGAAGUCGCUGCACAGUUCGCAACCCACUCCGAGGGAGGAAAAUCUGAACGGCAGACUAGGCGAUGAGCUCACGGCGAAAUUCUCCGACCGCAACGGAUCGCCGAGACCACCAACGGAUUCAGAUCUCAGAAUCAUGGCGCGAUCCUCGAGCCUCGUGGAGUCAGACCGAUCUUCGGCCGCUUCGAAAUCCGUCUAUGCGUCUCUCAACCCAUCAACGCAAGCCAACGGCGUCGGCCCUCGCGCUUCGAGCCUGGCUUCGGGUAAAACACCCGCUAUGACCAGAAGCGACGCUCUGUCACAUCCAGCCCCACCCGCGUCGGUGGAGGCAAGCAAUCCCGAGCUUGUGCAUCAGCUCUUGCGCCGCAAAAGUGAUCUCGGCAAAGAGCCAGGGCUUGGGCUCACGACCGACGCUGCUAGUGACCAUGCCAUCGCAGCCCGGCCGGUUGCUUCGCCGGUGAAUCUCACGCCUGCCCGAGAGAUCGCAUCGCCUCUCUCGGGUCCCUUGCUUGAGCAAGAUCCGCUGCCUCUUGAUAUCAGUCCUUAUGACGAGGCACAAACACCGGCUGAGAGACCGUCUGGCCUUCUCAAGGCGAUCGGCAUCUCGACCAGUCCCGAGCGGAAGAAGACGGUCAAAUUCGACACUGGCUCCACCCGUCCGGCCCUCAAAGGUCGUUUCACCGCCUCCCUCUUCGCUGGCAAGGCAGAAGACGGUCAAAAUACAUCCACCAGUAUCGGUCGCGGCACAGCCGGCGAUGCUCAGCCGCGACCACCGGCUGAGGUCCUCGCACGGCCUCAGCCUCACGCUCUGCAGAUGCCCAUGUCGGGAGAUUCUUCGACGCCCGGAAGCGAAGUCUACGAGAGCGAGGCGUCCAUCAUCACUCGCAAGACCGUGCUCAAGAAAGACCGUAUGCUCGUCAAGAUUGCUUGGACGCCACACGAAGACCUUCCGAGCGAUUUCGACGAGUUGCAGGCGCGCAAGUACACCAUCCGAGAGGAAGAUUGGCGCGAGUUUGUCGUCGUAUUCAGGAUGGGCAAAUUGGAACUCUGGUCGGAUCCGACUCUGACCAACAAGCUCGUCGGACACGGCGAUCGUCUGAAGCUGCGUCUCACCAUCCCGCUGUCACGAGGCUCAACUUUCGUCUCGCUCUACUCUCCCAUCGACCGCAUCUUCUGUUUGACUUUCCAGCCUUGGAAGUCCCUUUCAGCGCAUCACAACAAAAGAGGCAUUCACCUGCGCCGUCAGGGCACCGACAUCGUCCUCUUUGAUUGCCGAGCCCGAUCUGCAGCGGCCGACUGGAUGUGGGAGCUUUGGAGGGAGCUCGGCGGGCUUAUUCCCGAAACGCUCGAGGUGCACGUUCCCUCUUUUGGCCUCAAGGUCAGAAUCCCGGUCCCGGAGAGCAUGCCUGUCGAGCGACCAAGCCCUGGGACGACACCCGCUAGUCAGCUCAGCUCCGAAAAAGCUGGCCUUUUGGCGCUCAGCUCUGUUGGGCAGACGCACGAUGGGGGCGAGGGCUUCAAGCUCAUCAACCGCAACAACGUGAUUGCAAUGGUGUGGAAGUUGUUCUGCCGCAUUCAGCAGUGGCGAGAGCUCAUGUCCCAGUUUCAGGAGCGCGGUGCCAGGUUGGAGCUCGCAUGGCGACGCGGCACCGAGCUCGAUUGGGUGAUCAACGAACGCACCGUCGAGAACGAGCCGCGCCACUGGGCCGUCCUGUGCGGUGCUCUGCUCAGAGAUUUCAAGCAGCCUUCCAUCCUGGAACUCAGGGCAGCCGCGCACUAUCCGACCUCUGUGCUGGCUGCCCCUGGCCAAUACAUGCAGGAACCGCCGGCUGUCGAGGGCUUUCUGUGGCGAGUGAAGCCAGUAUCUGGUGCCUUGACGCGCCUCUACUUUACAACGUACGAUGGCCACAUCUACAUUUGCCGCAUCACUCGAGCUUUCCCUCCAGAUCGCCACCUUGCUGUUCAGAUGCAAGAGGCUUUGGACAUGCGGGUUCCGCGUACAAGCGGUACGUCGCAGGGUCGCGCACCGAACGCCGCCAAUCCUGCAACGAGAAACGCUCUGACACGUGCUCUUGCCAAGUUCGUCGGAGCCAACAAGUCGGUGCGUCGUGACGAAGACGUUGCAACCCUGCGUCAGAACGUUUUGGAAGCCAUCAGCUACCCGGCACAGACCGAAGAGGAGUUUCAAGGCCAGAUCGAAGCGUAUCAGUCAUUCGAGAGGCGCAGACAAUUCGAGCAGGUCCGAGGCUCAGACGGCUUCAUCGACCUCAAACAGAUCCACACCAUCAAGACGAUCGGCAGCGGCCCCGUCCGUUGCCCCGGCGAGGAUGACGUUCGGCGACCCAAGCGCGCCAACGAUGGUCAGCUCAUGCAAAAGGUCAAAGAGGACCUCGCCGUCGCUCAGCGAGAUGGCGAAGAGUCGGACGAAGACGAUGCAGACCACGCGACCAACGAUGUCGGCGGUCAAGAGGGUCUCGAGCUUGCUGAAGACGCCAACGAUGUGCGUCGAGCACGUCAGAUUGAGAUCACGCUCACGAAUGGAAAGACGAUCCGACUCGAGGCUUUCAGCGCUUCCGUGGCAAGGGAAUGGGUCGAACGCAUCGCCGAGCUCGUCAAGUACUGGAGACGGAGGGAGCGGGCGGACGCGGCGGAGCUCAUGUAUGCAUCGGGGGUGGACAUCUCCGAGCUGCACAAGCAGCUGGCGGGACUUCAGACGCACGCAAGCGGUAUCGAGGGGGUCGAUGAGCAGAAGCUUUCGCCCAUGCUAGGCAACAUCUGGAAUUGGUGUCAGAUCGAGGGAUGCCGCGGCAUCAUCCGGUCCGGUCGACUUUUCCACAAGAAGAGCAGUUACAGCGCGUUCAAGGCUCGCGACUACGUCCUGAUCGCCGGUCGCCUGCUUUGCUUCAAGCUGGUCAAGUCGGUGAGGACGACGCGAGCGAGGCAGAACAACGGUAUCUUCCACCGACGACAGGAUACGGUGAUCCAUCUGCGCGAUGCGUACGUCUACAGUGGCAAGCUGAGCGAGGAUAUGCUCAAGAAUGGAAGGUCGGAUCCGGCGCAAGCAGUCUCUGGCAUCGGCGGAGGCGGUUCGAACAGCGGCAAGCGUCACCGCGUACCGCGGGUGUACGCCGACGGCAUGUUUUCCGUGGAUGAUGACGAGGACUGCACGUUUGUGAUUCGUUAUCGUCCGGAGCGGGUCAACACGCCGGCGGAUCCGAGUGUGGCAAGCCUGCACGGCAAAGAUGGAAAGAGGAGCGGACGAGGGGCAGUGCGAGGACCAGCGAAGGAGACGGCUGAGGCGCAGGAUGCGUCAUGCAGCGUGCCGAGGCUGGACGACAAGUCGCACAAGAGCAUUGCGAUGCGGGCGCGAUCCAAGGUGGAGCGAGACCUGUGGGUGCGCUGCAUCACGUACGAGAUCGAAAAGAUUGUGCGGGACGAUGUGGAACGCGAGAAGAAGCUCAAGAACACGGGUAAGGUGGAUCACAAGUGA